AUGAUGGCAUCCCACACUACUCUUGAAGUGAAAUUUUUGAAGCUUCUAGAGGCAAGGCAAAUUCCCCAAACCUUACGCCCCAAGAUCCAAAAGGUUCCACAGUAUCUCCGAAAUAAAAAUAUUUUUGACAAGCAUUACUCACCCAAGUCGGUGUCAAUAGGUCUAAUUCACUAUGACAAUCAAAAUCUCAAGUUAGGAGAGAACUAUAAGCUUACUUUGGCAGCAAAAUACAUCAGAAACACCCAUCACACUCCAGAAUCUCUACACCAAAAGAUUGCCGAUCACAUUGAUGAACUCAAGGGUCUUUUUGCCGAGGAUGUUUUAGCUUUAGCCAGUACCGCAGAGUCUCUAAAAGGCUUCCGCAGCCUUGAAGAAAAGUUGUCAUGGUUGUUGUUCGUGGAUGGAUGUUUUUUGCUCUAUAUUUUGGAUGUCAAAGUGAAUAGUGUAUUUGAUGAUCAGGAAGAUAUGAAUAAUAUUAAGUUUGAUCAACUUUUUUAUCUUGUGAUGAUGGAUGUCCUUUUGUUGGAGAAUCAACUUCCUUUUCUAGUACUGAAGCUGUUGUGGAAAAAUGACAAUCAGAAUGAAUUAAUAUAUACUAUGAUGAAUUUUCUCACAUAUUAUCAUUGGACCAUAGGACAUAGUCAAAUGAAAUUACUGAAUGUGUCAGAGCAGCCACCAGCUCAUCUUCUUGAUCUUCAGCGUAAAUUGAUCCUCCUUUAUUCUAAACCCAAGACGAAGGAAGAAAGUGUAAGAUAUUCAAAAUCAAAAGAACACAUUUGGUUAACAGUCAGGAACAUAGAAGAUCUAACUGCAGGAGGAGUAAAUCUUAAACCAAGCUGGUCAACACGGCCAACUGACAUAGAGUUUUCGGAGGGUUGGUUUUCUGCGGAACUGACUCUUCCUGAGAUUUAUGUGGAUGAUAAGUCUGCUUCUUCUUUCGUAAACCUAAUAGCGUAUGAGAUGUGUCCAGAUUUUAAGAACGACUACGGAAUAAUUUCAUUUGUGGUUUUCAUUGACACUCUCAUUGACCAUGCGAGAGAUGUGAAGAUAUUGAGAUCACAAGGUAUUUUGGUGAAUGCACUUGGGAGAGAUGAGGAUGUUGCUGAUUUUUUCAGCAUCAUAAGUACUGAUUUGAUAUUUAACCCAGACACAUAUGUCGAAGUUAUAGCUAAAAUACACUACAAUCACUUUAAUAAAGGUCAUAUAUGGUUUGCGCAGGGUUAUCGCACAUAUUUCAGCAAUCCUUGGUCUAUCAUAGGUUUUCUUGCUGCGUUUAUUGCACUUGCUCUCACUUUCGUUCAAGCAUGGUUUUCCAUUUUUCCACGCUAG